UGUACUGAUCUCUGGGCGCUGAGCGCGGAGGGCCGAGUUGAGAGGCAAAAGGCGUGGGACGGUUGCUCUGGUUACUGCCCGAGCUCCGCGGGAGAGAUGCUGGGGGGGACGCCGUGGGGAGACUCUGCCGCGGUCCUCUGAGGGGAGCUGUGCGGAGACCCGCAUUCAUCAGCGGGGAAACGAAGUCGCGGACUGGAGGUUAGGCGGCGGUUGUGUCGGGAGGUGCUGCGGAGGAGAAGGUAUCGAGGGCACCUGCUGCUGUUGAGAGAGAACAAUUUUACAUCACGAUGAACCAACGUCAGAAUUGAAAACCCCGGUAACAACCACCAGGAAAAAAAGCCAUUUUAGGAAGAAAGAAAGGAAGAGAAAAAGAAAAAUAAAUGGAUUGCCCGAAAAAGGAGAGAGUCUGAAUCGGGAGCUGUUGGAGCUUUUGAAAUACUGCUUUCUAGGUCCUAACUGGCCCCCUCCAGACAUUUUUAUACUAACUGUAUGAUUUUCUAAAUUGGCCUGCUUUGAACUGUGAUCCGGUGACGGUGUUAACUGGAGCCGGGCAGGUUCCCGGUGCUGCUUCUGGAAACACAUUUUGGGGACGAUUUCUAACCAUCAAAACCCUACAAGGGAAAAAAAAAAAAGAACUCAGCGUCGACCGGUGCCACCAAAGGGGCCUUUGAACCAUGUGGACCUUUCUUGGUCUUGCCACUUUCACGUAUUUCUAUAAGAAAUGCGGGGACUUCGUUACGUUGGCCAACAAGGAGCUCCUGCUGUGCGUGCUGGUGUUCCUGUCGCUGGGCCUGGUGCUGUCCUACCGCUUCCGAAGCGGGGUGCUGGCGAGGCGCACGCCCAGCGGGCCCCUGCUCGCCGCCCUCUCGGGUGUCCUGUCUGCCUUGCCUUUGAUUGGCUUCUUCUGGGCCAAUCCCCCUCCUGGGGCCGAAAAUAAAGAGCAGCUCGGGUCUGGGAAGUGCGAAAAACUAACCAGCAUUUCAGAAGGCACCUUAAUAGGAGCAGCUGCCUCAACAUCGAUCUCUUCUCCACGUGAUCCGGAAGUGAUCAUUGUGGGAUCUGGGAUACUUGGCUCUGCUUUGGCAGCAGUGCUCUCCAGAGAUGGAAGAAAGGUGACAGUAAUUGAGAGGGAUUUACAAGAGCCCGACAGGAUAGUUGGAGAGUAUCUGCAGCCAGGUGGUUAUCGUGUGCUUCAAGACCUUGGUCUUGGAGAUACAGUGGAAGGUAUUGAUGCCCAGGUAAUGAAUGGCUACGUAAUUCAUGAUUGGGAAAGCAAGUCAGAUGUUCAUAUCCCCUACCCUCUGUUAGAAAACAACCAAGUGCAGAGUGGAAGAGCCUUCCAUCACGGAAGAUUCAUCAUGAGUCUCCGGACAGCAGCUAUGGCAGAGCCCAAUACAAAGUUUAUUGAGGGUGUUGUGCUGCAGUUAUUAGAAGAAGGUGAUGCCGUGGUUGGAGUUCAGUACAGAGACAAAGAAACUGGAGACAUCAAGGAACUCCAUGCUCCAUUGACUGUUGUUGCAGAUGGAAUUUUUUCCAAGUUCAGGAAAAACCUGAUCUCCAGUAAAGUUUCUGUUACGUCUCAUUUUGUCGGCUUUCUGAUGGAGAAUGCACCACAAUUUAAAGAAAAUCAUGCUGAACUUCUUUUAGUUAAUCCAAGUCCAGUUCUCGUCUACCAGAUUUCAUCUAAUAAAACUCGAGUACUUGUUGAUGUUCAUGGAGAUUUGCCAAGGAAUUUAAGAGAAUAUAUGGUUGAAAAAAUUUACCCACAAUUACCUGAUCACUUGAAAGAACCAUUUCUAGAAGCGACUCAGAAUUCUCGUUUUCGGUCUAUGCCAGCAAGCUUCCUUCCUUCGUCACCGGUAAACAAACGAGGUGUCCUUCUUUUGGGAGACGCAUAUAAUAUCAGGCAUCCUCUUACUGGAGGAGGAAUGACUGUUGCUUUUAAAGAUGUAAAACUGUGGAGAAAAUUGUUAAAGGGAAUCCCUGACCUUUAUGAUGAUGCAGCUAUUUCCCAGGCCAAAAAAUCAUUCUACUGGUCAAGAAAAACUUCUCAUUCCUUUGUUGUGAAUGUCCUUGCUCAGGCUCUGUAUGAAUUAUUUUCUGGAACAGAUGAUUCUCUACAUCAGCUGAGAAAAGCCUGUUUUUUAUAUUUCAAACUUGGCGGCGAGUGUGUUGCUGGUCCCGUUGGGCUGCUCUCUGUACUGUCUCCUAACCCUCUGGUUUUAAUCGGACACUUCUUUGCUGUUGCAGUCUAUGCCUCAUAUUUUUGUUUUAAGUCGGAACCUUGGAUUACAAAACCCCGAGCCAUUUUCAGCAGCACUGCUCUAUUGUACAAAGCGUGUUCGGUGAUAUUUCCUCUAAUUUACUCGGAAAUGAAGUACUUGGUUCACUAAGCUUAGAGGGGGACCAUCAUCCAUGAAUGAAUAUUUGGAACUCACCAAGUCUGAGAGACGUUUUGAAGAGGAUUUAUGCAGCAUAGUACUAUAUACCAUUUGUAAAGUGGAAACUCUUGGACCAGGGUUAAGAGUAAUUUGUUUUUGAAGUUAUUUGUACAUAAACAUGUAAAUAUAUACUUUAAUUUUCAAUUUAAAAUGAACAGUCAAGUAAGAUAGUUUAAAAGAAAUGAUUGUUACCAUAAGUUAGUGCUAAAACAGAACAGUUCUGCAUUCAGUUAUCUGGAAUGAGAGGACGCAGGACACACAAAUAAAACGAAGAACGAGG